AGUCCAGAUGGACUCUGUGGUUCUAUGUCUUCCGUCAACGCAAACUGUGUAGGCAGCCAAUUUGGGGAUUGUUGCUCCAAGAGCGGCUAUUGUGGCAGCUCAGACGCAUACUGCGGGAUCGGCCAAUGUCAAUCUGCCUUUGGUAGCUGCGAUAAACAGCCGAUUAGCACCGAUGGACUCUGCGGUUUUAUGUCCUCAAAUAGUGCAACUUGUCUGGGCAGUCAGUUCGGGGAUUGCUGUUCGGUGAACGGAUAUUGUGGCGGCUCAGAUGCUUACUGCGCAACGGCGAAUUGUUUGUCAGAUUACGGCAGCUGU